AUGCCGGCUCAACCCACCGCUUCUUCCAGAAGCACCGCCUGGCAGAGAUGCAGCACCACUCACAGGAGUAAGGAGCUCUCGAUUGAGUGUGGCUUGCGCCUUCCGCUACCCGACACGGCGUCUGCCAGCGUGCUGUUGAAGGUGCUGAAGACUGACCCCUCCCUUACUGGAACUUUGAAGGAGGUUUACUGGUGGAGUGAGGACCCCUCUCAGCGAACCGUUGCAGUAACCAUUCAGGCAGCCUCCAAGCGCGACCUGCGCUCUGCCAUCGGCUCCCUCCUCGAGCAAGCUAAGCUUGUCGUGCGAACGCUCCGUGUGUACCCUCCCACCACGGCCGCUACCACUACCACCGCCGAUACUGGAGCGAGCACACUGUGA